UAAGAUUUAGGUUAUGGGAUUGGGUUCGAACAGCGUUAGUUGGUUUCUCAGCUAGCUGGUCUGGUUUGGUUGGUGUGGGCCGCGCGGCAGUACCAAUUACCAAGUACCAGUUAGAGAGAGAGAGAGAGAGAAACUUGCGUCUAUCUCUUCUCAUUUCUCAGUGACUCUGGGUUGCGUUCCUUCUCCUCUGCUCACCUUUGCUCCUUCCUUCUCUCUCUCCUAUUUCUCUCUCUCUCUCUCUCUGAUCCGUUCUCUCUCAUCGUUCCGAUUUCUUGCCGUGACAGGUUUCACCAUUCACAUGGCAUCUAAUUUGCAUGGCAUGGUCUUAUUGCUUGCAAUCAGAAAUGGUUUAAUUUGACUUCCCAUUUGAAUAAUACCUUAGCAUAUUAUUUCAUGGCUCGGAAGGGAAGCCAACAGAAGAAAGGAUUGGAUCGUCAUUCAUUAAACCACAAAAAAGUUGUUUCAGAUUCAGGAUGUGCAUUGCCAAAUGCAAAAGGAAGGGGAAAAGCAUGUGAGGGGAAGGUUGUUGGUGGGGAGGACCUUGCAAAUGUUAAUCAUGCAAGCAUACCUGUAACAGAUGGUGUGAAUAAAACGAACCAUUUAGGAGAUGAGAAGAAAAACAAGCAAAAGUCUGAUAAAUUUGUGAGAAGAGAUAAUCAAGAGAUGGAUGCAACAGAGGGUCUACAGCAUUCAGUGCCUUCUGGCAGUAACUCAGGAGAUUGGAUCGAAAAUACAUCUACGAUGGAAGCUUCUGAUUCAAUGGAAGAAAAUUGGCCAUCACCCAUCAGUAAUCAAAGUCCAAAAUAUUCAAAAUGUAUUUUGGACCAUUUGCCAGGGCUGCAUGCGGAAAAUGUGAUGGAACGUUUAGCGUUCUUAGAUGCAGUGGUUGUGAGACGCCUGAGGGCCUCAGCAUUGUUCAUUUUAAAGGCAGCUACUGAAUGGGUAGAGAGGCAGAAACCAUGGUUUAUUUCUUUAACAACCAACAUAUUAAAUGCUCGUGAUUAUGUUCGAACGAAGAUUGAGCAUGUGUAUCCAAUUUUCUUUAGAUGGCUUAUGCAUUUUGGGAACGUAAUGCUUCUCAUAUCAAUGCUUUGGUUGGACUGCUCUCUUAGAGGCAUCGACUCCUUCCUACGCAUGGGGACGACAUCCUUCUUCUCAGUUAUAUGGUGCAGCAUUUUCUCAGUCAUUGCGAUGAUUGGAACGUUCAAGUUUGUUGCGGUUCUGGUCAUGGCUACUUUGGUGGGAUUUCUUGUUGGGUUUGCCAUUGCAAUUUUAUUGAUUGCCAUUUCUGGAAUUGUUUUCCUGUGGUUUUAUGGAAGCUUUUGGACAACGGCACUCAUCAUCUUCUUUGGAGGGUUGGCAUUUACAUUGAGCCAUGAACGUCUUGCACUGUUCAUAACCACUGUGUAUUCUGUAUAUUGUGCAUGGAGUUAUGUUGGAUGGAUUGGUUUACUUUUGGGUUUGAAUUUAUCUUUUAUAUCGAGUGAUGUUCUAAUAUUCUUCUUGAAGAACAAUGCAAACGAGCAUGGAAGGCCCAACGAUACCCCUGAAACAGCUGGUAUGCGAGGCCGUCCUGGCUUUUUCUAUGGUGAGCCAGCUUCAUCCUCCGAAAUGGGGUCUGGUCAAUCAGCUGAUCGUAGUUCAGGAGUGCCUUCGACUAGUGGGACUGAUUCCGAAAUAACAUCUGAAGAUGAAGUUGUUCGUUUGUUAAACUGUACAGAUCACUAUUCAGCAUUGGGUUUGUCCCGGUACAAUAAUGCAGAUGUUUCUGUACUCAAGCGUGAGUAUAGGAAAAAGGCAAUGCUGGUCCAUCCUGAUAAAAAUAUGGGUAAUGAAAAGGCUGCUGAAGCUUUUAAGAAGCUUCAAAACGCAUAUGAGGUUCUACUUGAUUCUUCUAAGCAAAAAGCUUAUGAUGAUGAAUUGAGGAGGGAGGAGCUUCUGGACUGUUUCCGUAGGUUUCAAACUGCUUCUCAAAAGCAAUUGUUUGUCCAGAAUGGAAGAAGGCACGGGAUCUUUGGCUCUGGAUUUGCACGCACAGAGGUUGACGGUGACGACCCUCUCGAGGAAUCAAGACGGAUUGCCUGCAGGAAAUGUGGCAACUUUCAUGUCUGGGUUUACACCAAAAAAUCAAAAUCUCAAGCAAGAUGGUGCCAGGAUUGCAAAGAUUUUCAUCAAGCCAAAGAUGGAGAUGGAUGGGUUGAACAGUCUUCUCAACCUUUCUUUUUUGGAAUACUGCAGAAGGUAGAAGCUCCAUCUGCAUAUGUUUGCGCAAAUAGCAAGAUAUAUAAUGCCACCGAAUGGUAUAUAUGCCAGGGAAUGAGAUGUCCAGUCAAUACUCACAAGCCAAGUUUCCAUGUGAACACAAAUGUAACCUCGAAGUACAACAGCAAGGGAACAAGUUCAGGACAAAGAGGUGCUGGGAUACCCUCUAACAUGGAAGAGGGCAUGACUGAGGAGGAACUAUUUGAGUGGUUACAGAAUGCAGUUCAAGCAGGCGUGUUUGACAAUUUUGCCAGUGGAACUGCAACUGAGAGUCCGUCUGCCAAGGCUGGAAAUAGCUCCAGGACUGGUGGCAGUGCCGGUGGCAGCAAUAGCGGCAGUGCAGGUGGCAGCAAUAGCGGUAGUGCCAGUGCCAGUGCCAGUGGCAGCGGCAGCAAGAGAAAGAAAAAGGGGAAGAAACAAUGGUGAACAGUCAGUAAGCAUGUCAUCACACAAUCUUUACUCAUAACAGUGCGGUAAACGACUAUGGGCUUGAUAAAGAGGGUUCAUAUACUUGGAUGAAGGCCUUGGUCUUUUCAAAUUUUAAGGCAUGUGGGAAAUUUGACUCUUGUUAGUUGUACGCCAACAUGGCAAACACUUGAAGCCUGCAUAACACACUGUUUGUAUAGCUCUUUUACCCUUUCUUUUUCUGCCUUAUUCGGAACUUCAUACCAAUUUCAAAUAGAGUGCCAGCAAGGUAUGGCAAAUAUUUUACA